UGUAUAUCAUUGCAUUAAAGUAACUUUAAUGCAAUGAUAAUUAUCUUCUAUGGAUUUUAUUUGGAAAUUACAUGGGUUUCCGGGGGGAUGAGUUACAACAGGACUCCCUGUCAAACGACUGUAGUUUAUUUUCCUGGGCUUUGGCUUUUUCGUAAUUCUGUUUUAUCAAAUGCCAUGGAAUUUUAAAUUCUGGGACCUCUAUGCUUUAAAAAUACGACUUCUUUUCUAAAAACCUAGUUGCACAUGCAUCGGGAUUUUUUUUCUUUCUACAAAUGUGAUCUUUUACGGUAAAACAACUAAAAUAAUGGAGAAAGUGGAGUGGUAUAUUUUCGCUUCCCUCGGCACAUACUUUCUGAUCUCCUGCAUUUUAUUCUCAAAAGUCACACGAGAGCAAAAGGAGCCCUACAUGGACGAGAUAUUUCAUGUACCACAAGUUCAGAAAUACUGCGAAGGUAGAUUCAAUGAGUGGGAUCCCAUGAUCACAACUUUACCUGGCUUGUACUUGGUUUCUGUUGGAAUAGUUAAAUCUUUAGUCUGGUUGGCUGGAUGGUCAGGAAAGGUGGUCUGCUCCACAGGAAUGCUGAGGUUCAUUAAUCUCCUCUUCAGCAGUGGAAACCUGUACUUAAUUUAUCUCAUCCUGUGCAAGUUGCACCAAACAGACAAGACCGCCUCUACAUCUCGGAGAAUUUUGUCUGCUUUGGCACUCUCCUCAUUUCCGGUUCUAUACUUCUUCACAUUCCUCUACUACACGGAUGUAGGGUCCACCUUCUUCACCCUAUCUGCCUACUUGAUGUGCCUCUAUGGAAGCCACAAAAUCUCUGGACUACUGGGGUUCUGUGCCGUCAUGUUUCGCCAGACAAACAUCAUUUGGGUUGUAUUCUGUGCUGGAGUUCUUAUAGCCCAGAAGUUGACUGAAGCAUGGAAGACAGAACUGACAAAGAAAAGAGAAGAUAAAGUCUCCACCUCAACUGAGGCAUCUAUCACAGAGAUAAAAAAAGUUACCCAGUUCAUGGUGGAAUACAUACUGUCAGCAACAAAUGUGAAGAGUUUGAUCAGUUUGACGUGGCCUUAUGUCAUGUUGCUGGUGGGCUUUCUUGUUUUUAUUGUACUUAAUGGUGGGGUAGUUGUAGGGGACAGGAGCAGCCACGAGGCUUGUCUGAAUUUCCCACAGUUGUUUUACUUUUUCUCAUUUACGUUAGCAUUUUCAAUUUCCCAUUCAUUGUCUUACCAGAAAAUUAUAAACUUUAUUCAAUCCCUGAAGAAGCACCCUAUUUUUUUCCUCUCCCUCACCGCCCUGUCAUUAUUCUUGGUUUGGAAGUUUACUUAUGUCCAUAAGUAUUUACUGGCUGACGACAGACACUACUCUUUCUAUUUAUGGAAGAAGAUUUUCCAGAAGCACAGACUUGUCCCUUUCAUACUGGUUCCAGGCUAUAUAUUUGCAGCUUGGAGUUUUGUUGACUCACUGAAGUCCAAAUCUUUGUUCUGGAAACUAAUGUUUUGUGUAUGUUUAGUUGCUGCAAUAGUCCCCCAAAGGUUGUUGGAAUUUCGAUAUUAUAUCCUGCCAUAUUUAAUCUAUAGACUCAAUAUUCAAGUGCCGUCAGUGUUCAGGCUUGUUUUAGAGCUAGGUUUAUAUACAAUUGUGAAUGCACUGACUUUUUACCUUUUCCUAAAUAGACCUUUUCAUUGGUCUGGUAGCUGGGAAGUGCAGAGAUUUAUGUGGUGACAUUCUAUAUGCCCAGUGUGGGAGAAAAGUAUACUUUUUAUAUUGGCUACAAAAUACGUAAAGACAGUACUGUGAAUGAGUAUUUCUAUAAACUAAGAAAAUAAAGCCAUAAUGUCAUGUAAUAAGGGUGUAAUAAGUAGGUUGUAAAAUAAAAAUAAAAUACUGGAUUUGAAGUACCAAAGGGAAAUGUCUACAACUAUUGGUUUGUGGGCUUUUUAAAGAAAAUGAGGUAGGUACAUGUACAUUUUCAAUUAAUACUGUAUUCCUUUAGUUUGGGUUAUUUCUUACCAUCGUUAUUGUUUUGACUGUAAGUGUUUCUCAAUGCCCUAAAAAGACUUUCCGUCUUUCUGACUUUACCAUUUUUCAGUACUACUACAUAUACCGCCAUUGAGUAUUUUAUAGUUAUUGAUGAAUAUUUCUUUUUUUAUCAGUGUGCUUUUUGCUUGUUGGCUCUCCCACAGUAUAUGGGUGUGUGUGUGUGAAUAAAAUCCAUUCCAAUGCUGAGUUUAUUUAUAUAGCACUUGACACCUAUCUUUGUGGACAAAUUGGCUGUCUACAAUGACACUGAUCAUGUUAAGCUUUAGAGACCCAAUUAUCAAUUGUAUCACAAUAAUCAAUGAUUGUUCCAACACGACUCCACAAACCUGUCUUUCUUUGUGGAGCUGGAAGAGUUACUACUUAACUAGUUUUGCACCCUUUAAACUAUUGGUUAUUGGAUAAUGCCUGAUCAUGUUAAAAACCUGCACAUACCCUUUACUAAAAUGUACUAUUGGACAGAUUUUUAAAUCUCACCCAACCCAGGGUAACUAUAUUUACAUUGCCUCUUGACACUCUGUCCCAUGGCCCCUGGGAUCACAAGAGAUUAAGACAGUUUUCAUUCAAUUGAAACACAUAUUGCUCUGUGAAAAUGUAUCAUGUAUGUAAUAUGACUAUAUUGGUACAUUUGCAAUGUUUACUGUUUUAAUAAAUGAUAUGGUUGGACAUAAA